AUGGAGGAAGGCUUUCCUUUCAACUUAACGUUCUCAGACGUCUUCUUUUCUCUGCUGACUCUUAUCUUUUACCUCGUGGACGUGGUGCUGGACCUGUGGGCCAUACAGUGCCUCUAUGAAGAAGAGAAAUACUUCUCCAUGGGAUUGUUGAUAUUUCUUCUGCUCAGUUCCUCGGUUCUCCUGCAGAUCUUCAGCUGGAUCUGGUAUUCUGAGUCCUCCAAAAACCUGGAGACCAAAGUAGAGAGAUUCAUCAGCAGACACGGUUUACUGGCUCCGGUGCACAUCUGCCAGCUCGGAGUCUUCCUCAGGUUUGCAGCCGUAAUGGAGAUCUCAAUCUGCAGAUUUAAGCAGAGUUACCGUUUCCAGAAGCCGGUCACCGUAUACAUGAAUCAUGACCUCAGCAUGUUGCGUCUGUUCGAGGCGUUCUCUGAGAGUGCUCCACAGAUCAUCCUGAUGAUGGCUCUCAUCAUAGAGAUGCAGGAGAUGCAGUCCUUCACAGUCAUUAAAAUCAUCGGCUCUCUUUCCGCCCUCUCCUUCACCGUGUUGUCCUACCAUCGCAGCAUGCGUGCGUUCCUCCCUGAGAAGCUUAAGAUGAGAUGGUCUUCCUCUAUAAUCUACUUCCUGUGGAACCUGUUCCUGAUUGGCCCACGUGUGGUGUGUGUGUCCCUCUUUGCCUCUGUCCUGCCCUGCUACAUCGCCGCUCACUUCCUGUCCCUGUGGACGCUGCUGGUCCUCUGGGCCUGGUGGCAGAAGACAGACUUCAUGGACACUAAAGCUGGAGAAUGGCUGUACCGGGCCACCGUAGGCCUCAUCUGGUACUUCACCUGGUUUAGUGUAGCGAGUGGAAAGACUAAACUCAGAGGAAUGAUCUAUCACAUGGUUAUGGGGGCGGAUACGAUGCUGCUGUUAGGGUUAUGGUGGUGGAGGAGAUCUGUGGAAUCAGCUCGUCUUAGUCCACUACCUAUUAAUCCCUACCUACUGAUUGUUAUGUUAAUGAUAAUCUACAUUAUAGGACUUGCACUGAAACUGGUUUAUUACUGGAAAUUUCAUCCCAGUAAAACAGUUUUAGAGAUGAAUGUGAAAGAUGAGAAGUCACAGAUGAAAUCAAAAUCGGAUCAAGAAAGUUAUGAUGUUUUGGAGGUGACCCUGAGUUGUACCCUAGGACCUGAACCUGCAGCUCAACCUGAACCUGAGGGCACAGUUUUAGCUCCGACUGAAAAAAUCGUAACUGGCAUCCACAAAAGGAUAAGAAACAUGGCUGUGAAUUUCUACUCCUAAACUGGAUU